AUGGUGGCUGUAAAGUCGUCGGAUGAUCUCCCUUCAGCAGUUGAGGACGAUGCGGACUACGAAGUGGCAAAGAACCAGAUUGUCACUGAGGUCAAGGAGGUAGAAUCCUUGUUCAAGGCGGUGUUGAGUCGGAUAUUCAGCCACCUCUACCAUUACGUGAAACACAAGGCGAUGCAAUCGUAUUUGUCGUUCUACAUUGUCAGCCCCCUGGGCCUGGGAAUCGGGAACCUGCUGAACAGCAACCUCAACGAUCAAUACAUUACCAAUAAAUUGGGGCUGCCAGAAAACGCUACACCGGCCACUUUUAAUAUCGCAUAUGAGCAGGUGGAGGUGCCAUCGCAUUUCUCAAAGGCUCAUAAGCAGUGCUGGUUGAUACGGUCAACGAACCCUAAAGCGACAAAGGCAUUUGUUCUCCUGCACGGAUGGUUCGGUAACAUGCAGUCGUGCUUACAAUUUGCCGAUAUGCUCAGCAAGAUGGGUUCUCUAGACACCCACCACAUACUCAUAUUGGAUUUGCACGACGACAGCGGAAAGUCGUUCGAGACAAACGUUGGUUUGAAGGGAGUCGCGGACAUAUACGAUGCUGCGGCGUAUCUGAAUCGCGAAUUGGGUGUGGACCAUAUGAGCCUUUAUGCGCAGUCUGUGAGCUGUAUCAGUGCACUGCUGUUCAACGAGCUCGUCUCAAGGAUCAAAAAACCUUUAGAAGACACUACCAGAGAGGCAAUCUGCCCGCUUUUCGAUGGCAUGGAUCCCGCCGUCCUCCGUAAUUUCACAGUCGACACGAUCAUCAUGGAAUCUCCGGUGGCAAACAUCCGCAAUCACGUGGCUAACUCGACGACAGAAUCCGUUAACUGGUUUAUGGAACACGUUCUAUCAUUGGUCAACAAGGGCGGAUUUCACAUUGAUAACCUAUCCCUCCGAACGCUGUUGAGGGAUCCGGAGACGUGUUCCAAAUCGUACAUAAUGCAGGGCGCAAAGGACACCGUUACCACCCCUCAGAUGCUUCGGAGUGAGUUAAUGCGGAGUGAUUUGCCAUCCCGCAUAAACAUGUUUUUGUUCCAGGACGGAGGCCACGCCAACUUAUCGGCAACAAGCAAACCGGACUACUACUACACCAUAAAACACGUGACGGUCGGUAGGAAUGCGUGGGAAUUCCUGACACGCAAGGGCACAAAGACGCGUGUUGACGACCCAGAUGGCCUGGUUAUGUGA